CAAAAAAAAUUUCUUGCCAACAUAAAAAUCCAAAAACGUAUUUGAAAAAAAAAAACACACACAACAAAGUCCGAGCAAUUCUCAGCACAAAACUCUCACAUACAUACAUUUUUUUGUCGUUUUCCACAAAACUAUUUCAAAUACCAUUUCCAAUUAUUUUCCCUUAUUUAUAAUUUUCGUUUUCCUUUUGGCACUUCAUUUAAAUUCCCCAAUUCACAUGCACUCGAUGAACUCUAUAGCCGACAUACGAAUUUCGAUCAAGCCGCAAGCAACCGAUGCAAAAAAUCUAUAGUGUCCCGAUCAAUCAAACGCAUCAAUCAAGCCAGAGACACAUCUUCAAACUGAAUGAGACAGAGACAGAGAGAGAGACAUAGAAAGAAAGAGAGACUGAACAAAAAAGAGCGUGAGGGAGGGGAGAGAGAGAGAGAGCGCGUGAAAGUGGGAGCGUGAGCUGCUGGCAUCAAUCAACAACUCAUCGCUCAAUCAUUUUCAGCACAGAUCUUCAAUCACAUCACCGACACCGACACUGACAUCGAUAAGCUCAUCUGGGAUCCAACUGGAGUCUGCAAUUAUUGAACGCAAAUAGACAAAUCCAUUCGCCAUCAAUCAUCUGCAGUCAAUCACUCAACUUGCAACGAAUCUGUUUUCAUCCUUUUUGGGCCAAAUUUGACACAUUUACCGCAUUUUUCAUUUCGCAUCGCAUCGUGCCACACAGCAACAACUCAUUUUUUUUCUCUCGAAAUUCAACGGAAAAAACGUUUUUGAAAACGCGCGCGCGGGCAACAAAAAAUAAUCAACACCCAACACCACGAAAAUAAAAGAAAAAGAAAAACCAACAAAGCAAUGCAACAAAUUCAACAACAACAACAACAUCAACAAUAAUCAAUUCAUCAAUUGCACAAAAUUCGUUUUUUUUUUUUGGUUUUACAUUUCAUACGAUAUUUUCUCGGUAACGACGCGAAAACGUGAAAGGUGAAAGGACAUGACUCAAAGCGCAAAUUGAGCGAAUGAAAAAAGUAUCGAAAAUAGAAAAGCACAUCAAACAACGUCCUGUAACAAAAAAUUCAAUUUUUUUUUAAACAUUCCACGCCCCGAAAAUAUCAUCAACAACAACAACAACGACAGGAAAAUCUGCGGAAAAAAAAACCUCGCUCAAAAUUCUAAAGUGUGUGUGUCGCCCAAAAGUGUUUUGAUUCGAUUUCCAUUUCCAAUUCAAUUUCAAAUUUGUUGAAAGUUAACGAAGUAGAAGAGAGUAGCAAAGAAAAAGAAAAAGAAGAAAAAAGACCGCAAGCGAAAUUGUUAUUAUUGAUAAAUACACGAUAUAUAUGAUAUAUAUAUAUAGAAGAAAGCAUCUAUUUUUUUUGCACGAACUUACCGUAAAGAAAAGUUAAAUUUAUAUAUAUACAUAUAUAUAUAUAUAUCUACAAAUUGUGCUCCCCCUGCCCCCUCUCAAAGUAACAACAACAACAACAACAAGCAAAAGACGAAAGUGAAACAAAGCCAAAAUUGCAAGCAAACAAAAAGUUGAUCGAAAAAGUUUUAAAAUACGCGCCACAACAAAAGCAACAGCAACAGCAAAGAAGACACACACAAGCUAAAAGCUCACAAGGAAAAGCACAAAAGCUACAAAAGCUAAUACAACAAGCAGAAGAAGAAGGUACAGUUAUAUUUCGAAAGAUGGCUUCCGAACUGGAUCAAUUCGCCGAUUUGGAAUUAUCAAAAGAGGAUCGCGAGCAAAUCUUCGAUCCGCCAUUAGACCGGCAGCAAUUGGAAGGUGCUGGCACCUCAAGUGUUACGACAUCCAAAAUCUUAAUAAGCGGCAUACCGCUGCAAACACGUUUCGAAGACAUCGAACCGCUACUGAAGCCCUAUGGCAUCGUCAAACAAUGUGAGGCUAUUUCUAGUAAGGAUCAAAAUACUCAAACAGUACAUAUAACAUUCGAAAAUCCUGAGCAGGCGCAAAGAGCUGCUGGUGGUUUGAACGGCGUCGAAUUUGAGGGCAGUAAACUGCAUGCGGAGCAAUUGGAUAAGAAUCAACGUCGCAGCCAACGCAAUCAGCGCAAUCCGUAUCCGGGAAUGCCGGGACCCGGACGCCAGGCGGACUUCCCGCUGCGCAUUCUCGUACAGAGCGAGAUGGUUGGUGCGAUCAUUGGACGUCAGGGCACCACCAUUCGCACCAUUACACAACAGAGUCGCGCCCGUGUCGAUGUGCAUCGCAAGGAGAACGUUGGCUCCCUCGAGAAGUCCAUCACGAUCUAUGGAAAUCCGGAGAACUGCACCAAUGCCUGCAAGCGCAUCUUGGAGGUGAUGCAACAGGAGGCGCUCUCCACGAAUAAGGGUGAGAUCUGCUUGAAGAUCCUUGCCCAUAAUAAUCUGAUUGGUCGCAUUAUCGGCAAGAGCGGCAACACUAUUAAACGCAUCAUGCAGGACACGGACACAAAGAUCACCGUUAGCUCGAUCAACGACAUCAACAGCUACAAUCUGGAGCGCAUCAUCACGGUGAAGGGAUUGAUUGAGAACAUGUCGAGAGCGGAAAACCAAAUCAGUACCAAACUGCGCCAAAGCUAUGAAAACGAUCUGCAGGCCAUGGCUCCACAGAGCCUCAUGUUCCCCGGCCUGCAUCCCAUGGCAAUGAUGUCGACACCGGGCAAUGGCAUGGUCUUCAACACGAGCAUGCCGUUCCCCUCGUGUCAAGGCUUUGCCAUGUCCAAGACACCGGCCAGUGUGGUGCCGCCGGCGUUCCCCAACGACAUGCAGGAGACCACUUAUCUCUAUAUACCGAAUAACGCUGUUGGCGCCAUCAUUGGCACCAAGGGCUCCCACAUACGCAGCAUUAUGCGUUUCUCGAGUGCAUCCCUCAAAAUUGCGCCCCUCGAUGCCGACAAGCCGCUGGACCAACAAACGGAGCGCAAGGUGACGAUUGUUGGGACACCGGAGGGUCAGUGGAAGGCGCAAUACAUGAUAUUCGAAAAGAUGCGCGAGGAGGGCUUCAUGUGCGGCACCGAUGAUGUUCGCCUAACUGUCGAGCUUCUUGUUGCCAGCUCUCAGGUUGGACGCAUUAUUGGCAAGGGCGGUCAAAAUGUGCGUGAGCUGCAACGUGUCACGGGUAGCGUCAUUAAGCUGCCAGAGCAUGCGCUGGCGCCACCUUCUGGCGGCGAUGAGGAAACACCUGUACACAUCAUUGGAGCAUUCUACAGCGUUCAGUCCGCACAGCGUCGAAUUCGCGCCAUGAUGCUAUCGACGAAUCCACCUCCAGUGACCAAAAAACAGAAAGCUGCCAAAGAACAACAAUUGCAACAGCAACAACAACAACAGACCUUAGCCGGUGCCUCACCAAGUGGGACUCAACAGCAGCAGCAGCAACAGCAACAACAGCCACAACAACAACAGCAACAGUCGCCGUCGCAGCAGCAGCCGCUGCCGCUGCAAUCGCAUCAUCAAUCGUCGGCGGCGUCGUCGUCGGCGCCACCUGCGCAUCAUCAGCAGCAGCAGGCGUCGUCGACAGCGUCUUCACAUCAAUUGCAGCAGCAGCAGCAACCGCAGCAGCCAUCGCCACCUCCCGGCAAUGCCGCGCCAGCAGCCGCACAGCAGCAGCUGGCGAGCUCACAGCAGUAAGCAGCAGCAGCAGCAACUGUUGCCGGGGUUAGAGGGGGAGUGGGCCAAGCAGAUGGAGCAACCCAACAACAACAACAACUAUAACUACAACAGCAGCAGCAACAACUACUACAAUAACAACAACAACAACAACAAUAUUUACAAUAAUUAAAACAAUAAUAAUAAUAAUUAUAACAGUUGCAAUAGCUACAACUAAUUCAAUGUCAACUCACAUUCGGAUAUGUCAAGCCAAUUUCAUUUUUUGCAUUCAUCUCUUUCAACAACAACAACAACAAUAUCAACAACAACAGCAGCAACCAAGAUGCUUCCUCUAAGUCUGCAGUGUCAACACAACAACAAAAACAACAAGCAACAGCAUGUGUAUAACAGUUUAACUAUUGCCGUAUGACAGUUGCGCAUAACUGAGAGGAGUCUGGCUUGGCGUUAGCGUUUGAUCCACACAACUAUCAACUAUCAACACAAACACAGACACACACCAACACACACACACGCACACAUGCAACCCUGUUUAUUUAUUCAGCUAGAGUUGAGGAAAACUGCAAGAAUGCCGGCAGAAAACGAACGAAGAGUAACUGAAAAACCACAACAACAACAAAUUUUGAAGCUGUAGAGCAGCCAUUGCAGCAACAACAACAACAACAAAUAUUUGGAAAACAUCAAAACACUACAAAAUGAAAGGAAAAUAUGAAAACAACAAACAACAACAACAAAAAAAAUAUACAAAAAUCUACAAAAAACAAAUACAAAAAUUAAGCCGUAAAAUGCAGAAAAUUCGUUUUUUAUAUAUAGAAAUAUAAAAUUAAAUUUUUUAUGAAUUUUAUUUUUUUUUUAUUAAAACUCUUUUAGUAAGCGUACAUUAAGUGAAAAGAAAGAAAGAAAGAAUAACAACAACAACAACAAAACACAGCAACAUCAACAACAACAACAACAAAGUGGAAAAAGCGAAAUGAAAAGCAACAACCAAUCCGUUGGUUUGUGUGUGUGUUUUUUAUGUUUCUUUUAAUUUUUUGUUUGUUAUAAUAUGGAACAAAUUUUGGAAACGAAAUGAAAAAAAGAGAAAGAAAAAGAUGAGAGGAGGACAACUGAAAAGAAAGAAAGAAAAAAACACUGUAUGUUUUGUUUAUAUAAUUAGAAUUAUUACUCUACUACUACUACUAUUACUACUAUCUACAACUACAAUCUAUCUAUCAUAUUAUCUAUUAUAUUUUGUCGUGUGUUCAACAACAACAACUACAAAACUAAACAAAGAAACGAAACGAAGCGAAAUUUUAAGCAGGUGUCAAAUUACAGCCCACCUCGACAACAACAAUUACUAAAAACUAAACCAACAACACAACAAGUGUAAACAAAAACUUAAAAACAAACAAAAUCAUAAUGAAAAUAAUCUUACAUAAAACACAUAAGAAGGAAUACAAAUUUAGAAGGUCGAAACAAAAACAAAAUAGGGAGUUUACGUAUAUAUAUAUUAUGUGUAUGCUGUACUCGGUAAGAAGAAGCAGUUUUUUAUAACCGUAUAACAGUACUCGACUCUCACAUACACACACAUAAACAAACACCCCGAGUAUAUAUAUACAAUAUAUAUUCCUAGUUAAGUUGUGUCUCUCAAACCUAAUGCCAAUCAAGCAAUCUUAAGUGUACAGAGCUGUAUAAUAGUUUUCGAGAAUUGAGAUUUCCUGCGAGAAGAAGAAUUGUUAUAUUGUUUGAGUAGUAGAAAGUCAGAGAGAGAGAGAGAGAGAGAUAGAGAAGGAAUGAAGAGAGAGAAAGAGAGAGAGAGAGAGCAUUGUAAUGUGUUUGCCUUGAAACGAAAACAAAAAUAACGGUGCUGAAAUGUUAAUUUUUUUAUAUAACGAGUCAAAGCGAGCGACAAGUGUUACAUAUAGGCAAAACGAAACUGUUAUAAUUCACUACUAUAUACACACACACACACACCACUACACUACACACUACACAACACACUCAACUACCUUACUUAGUUUCUCAACUAGUGUAUAACAGUUUUUUUAUAUACAUAUAUCCAUAGCGAAACUGAAGUAACUGAAUCGGAGCAACAAACAAUCAAACAAGCAACAACAAAACCAAUCAAUACCAAGACAAUAGCCCAAUUUUGUUACCAAUAUAUAUAUAGAGUUUAACGUGAAGAGUUAAUUUUUUUUUUUUAAUAAUUAUAACACAUUUAUUUUGUUUGUUUUAUAAAUACAUACAUACAUAUUACAUACGAUUAUAGAGUUAUAUACAAUACAUGCAUACAUUUAAUUAUUUUGCUUUUUUGUUUCUUUUUUGCCUUACUUUAGUUAGUCGUAGAAAUAGUACAGUUCGUAUAACACUUGCAACUGUUAUACCACAACCAUAAAAAAUCAACAUUUCGGCCACAAAAAAAAAUGCAAAAUGCAAAUAAAAAGCAAAUUUGAACUUUCGGGUAGAAAACAAAAACAAAAUCAAAAACAAUCCAAUUCAGAAAGAACAGCAGAACAAGAGAACAAAAAAUGAAGAUAGGCUUUUUUAGGGCAGUUUAGGACAAAGAUAUUUUGAUGACAUACAAACAAUACGAUACUACGAUACGAUAAACACAUGUGUAAAAGAUCUAUUGAUGAAGAUUGAACAAGUAAUUAAAAUACCUCAAUGUAAGUGCAUUAUCUUCUAUGACAAAACCAACAAAACAAAACUAAAAAAAAAAGAAAAGAAAACAAAAAACAAAUGUUAAAACCUAACGAAUAUGUAAAGUGUGAGCUAAAGCGAAACAACAUAAAACAAAAAGAAAAACAAA